AUGGUAGAUUUUGAUAAUCUUCAAGAACACAACUUCAAUAUCAAGAACAAUAUGUUAGUUCAAGGCUGGGAAAUGUUCUUUGAUCGACUCAUUGGACCAGUUUACCCAGAAUUGGUGAAAGAGUUUUGGAUUCACGCAACCCUAACCCCAAAAGCCAUUCUCUCCUUCGUUUUGGGAAAAGAGAUCUCUAUUACAGAAAACCUAAUCAAAAGGCUGCUGAAUCUGGAAGGAUAUUUUGGUGCUGCUGGAGCAAUAGUAGGCAGAACAGACUGGGAUGCUGUUUAUGCUGAAAUCUUCACCUCUAGAGAGAGUUCUAAAAAUAUCAAGGAUCUGAAGCCUCCAUACAGAAUUUGGGACAAGAUCCUUCUGGGAUGUAUCUACCACAGAAAGGCUUCUGUCUCUCCAAACUACAUGAAUCAAGAUCAACAAUACAUUCUGUAUUGUAUUGGGAAAGGCCAGAGGGUGGACCUUCCAUACAUUCUGUUCAUCCACAUGUGGAAUCAUGUGAAGGAAUCCAGAGAACAAGCAAGGCUCAAAUCGCAGAAGAUCAAAAGAAACAUCAUCCCUCUAGGAAGACUAAUUUCUGACAUUCUGACAGAAACGGGAAUAGUGCAAGCUUUGUUAGAUGCUGGUACUGUUAAGGAUCUGGAAGCAACAUAUGGGAGCACUAUGAAUUCUCACACUUUGAAGAAGAUGAAACUGAUUCAAAACAUUGCCUCUCCUCCCAGAGUGCUUUUCUUCAAGAAUGAACAUCCUAACUCAGUUCUCUUCUAUCUGGAAUCUUGCUUAAAAGAUGGCUACGGGUUUGAUCCAGCAUGGUUAAGUGACAGAGUCCUUCCAUCCAUAGACAAUCUUGCUCCAUCUAAGAAGAAGAAGGAGAAAAGAAAGUCCACUGGAGAUGGUCCUUUAAAGCCUCUGAAUAAAAAGAAGAAGACUUCAGAACAUCAACUAGAAAAUCAACCUGCCUCUGAUCACCCUGUUCAUGACACUAUCAAGGUACCUAGAUCCUCUGAAUCUAUUAGGAAACUAAUAGAUGACAUAGAGAAUAUAGAUACCUCUAUUCUUCAUGAUGGCUCUGAACCAAAACAACCACCUAAAACCACAAAACAAUCCUCUAAAUCUCAACCUUCUGGUUCCACGAAAUCUAAAGGCAAACAACCUCUACAUUCCUUUGGACCCAUUCUUAAUCCACAACCUCUGAACACCAUUUUCCCAGCUCUUCCAAAUGAAAACAUUUUCUCCUCUGCUCAACCCACACAUUCUGAACCUCCACCUUCGGAAACUCAACCACAACCCACCUCUCCAUUAUCUGAUCCCCAACCAGAAGUUGACAUUUCCGUAUAUUGUAACUUCUCUGACCCAUCAUCACCAUCAUCAACAUCAUCUGACUGCGUCUUUUGCAAACCUCGCCCCUCUGAACCUACCCCCCAAAAUCCUUCAUAUGAAACAGUUGUUGUAGUCUUAGACUCUGACAAUGAAGCAGAAUCUACACCCCUUUCAUCCACUUCAAACUCUUCUAUUCUGUUUGAAAGACCCUCUGAACCCUAUCUCAUCUCCAACCCAGAAGAGCUAAUAACUAUUAUCAGAACCACCCCACCUCUACCUUCUAUUGAUAUGCGUUUUCAAUUAUUAAAACAUAAGGUACGAACAAGGUUAGAUUAUCUGAAGGUUGCCUAUGACUCCAAGUUGGAUCAUGUGGCCGCUAGAAAGCUCUGGAAGUCUUUCUUUGAGGAUGUGCAAACAGACUUUCUGGAUCUCCAGAAUGACUGUCUUGCUGCUGCUCCUGGUCCUUCUGGACUGGCUCUGGAGUAUGGUGAUGGGAUAUAUUUUCACCCCAUUGUGAACUGGAAGCCUCUGGAGGAAGCUCCGUUUGUUGAUGAGAUGGAGCUGGAUUCUGAUGAUAUGGAUAUUGAUAAUCCUCUUCCCAUGAUAGUCUGGACUCCAAAGAAGCCUCUGGUUGCUCCUAAGGAAUUUGUAGUUCUGACUGGAGACAUGGAGACGUUGUUCGAUUGGUUCAGGAGAACCCUGUUGCUGAUCAACUUGUUCCAGCCUCUGCUCCAACUGUAG